AUGUCAGCUGAGACACCAAUCCAACUGAAAAUGAAUCCUCAGGACCUUCAGAUUCAGACACAUACAGUGGAGAAGCUACUAGAACCCCUUAUAAUCCAGAUCUUUGGUGAAGCUCUGAGGGUAUCAGCUGAAACAUUUACAGAUGAUCCUUGUUUUCUGCCUAAGAGGGAGGCUGUGGUUCAGGCUGCCCGUGCCUUGUUGGCAGCUGUCACCAGGCUACUUAUCUUGGCUGACAUGAUUGAUGUCAUGUACCUCUUGCAACAUGUGUCUGCUUUUCAGAGGACAUUUGAGUCCCUUAAAAAUGCAUCCAGCAAAUCUGACUUGCAGAAGAACUACCAGAAACUUGGCAAGGAGUUAGAAAAUCUGGAUUAUUUGGCCUACAAACGCCAGCAGGACUUAAAAUCUCCAGCCCAGAGGGAUGAGAUUGCAGGGGCCCGGGCCUCAUUGAAGGAAAAUUCUCCUCUCUUGCAUUCGAUUUGUUCGGCAUGCCUGGAGCAUGAUGAUGUGGCCUCUCUCCAAGCCAGCAAGGAUACGGUUUGUGAUGAGAUCCAGAAUGCCCUUGAUGUGAUUUCUAAUGCAUCACAAGGAAUCCAAAGCCCAAAGACUGAGCUAGAACCUCCGUCAGCCACACUGGGAAGUGCAUUGGAUGAACUUGAGAAUUUAGUAAUCUUGGAUCCACUCACAGUAAGUGAUGAGAAAAUCCGUCCCUCUCUUGAGAAACGCUUAGAGGCCAUCAUCAGUGGGGCAGCAUUGUUGGCUGAUUCUUCAUGCACAAGGGACUUCCACCGGGAAAGAAUCAUCACUGAGUGUAACUCCAUUCGACAGGCUCUCCAGGACUUGCUCUCAGAAUAUAUGGACAAUGCUGGGAAGAAGGAAAGGAGUAAUACCCUGAAUAUUGCAAUAGAUAACAUGUGCAAAAAGACCAGAGACCUGCGUAGACAGCUCCGUAAGGCCAUUAUUGACCAUGUAUCAGACUCUUUCUUGGACACAACAGUCCCACUUCUUGUUCUCAUUGAAGCAGCCAAGAAUGGAAGGGAAAAGGAAAUGAAAGAAUAUGCUGCUAUAUUCCGUGAGCACACCAACAGACUUCUGGAGGUGGCUAACCUUGCUUGUUCCCUGUCUGCAAAUGAAGAUGGAAUUAAAAUUGUCAAGACAGCAGCCAGUCAUAUGGAAACAUUGUGCCCACAGGUUAUCAAUGCAGCCCUUGCUCUUGCUGCUCGACCAAAAAGCCAGGUGGUAAAAUCCAAUAUGGACAUGUAUAAACGCUUAUGGGAGAAUCAUAUCCACGUCCUCACUGAAGCUGUAGAUGACAUUACAAGUAUUGAUGACUUCCUUGCUGUAUCUGAAAGCCAUAUCCUAGAGGAUGUCAACAAGUGUAUCAUUGCUUUAAGAGACCAGGAUAUCGACAAUUUAGACCGUGCUGCUGGUGCAAUCAAAGGACGGGCUGCAAGGGUUGCCCACAUUGUUACUGGAGAAAUGGACAGUUAUGAGCCUGGGGCUUACACUGAAGGAGUGCUGAGGAAUGUUAACUACCUUACCAAUACUGCAAUCCCAGAGUUUGUCAUCCAUGUCAACAUUGCUUUGGAAGCCCUCAGCACAAACUCUAUGCACCAGUUUGAUGAUAGUCAGUUUGUGGAUGCCUCCAAAAAAGUCUAUGAUUCCAUCCAUGACAUCCGCUGUGCCGUCAUGAUGAUCAGGACUCCUGAGGAGCUGGAAGAUAUUUCAGAUCUGGAAGAAGACCAUGAUGUUCGCAGUCAUACAAGCAUUCAGACAGAAGGGAAGACAGAUCGGGCUAAAAUGACUCAACUGCCUGAGGCUGAAAAGGAAAAGAUAGCUGAGCAAGUAGCUGAUUUCAAGAAAGUCAAGAGCAAGCUUGAUGCUGAGAUUGAGAUCUGGGAUGAUACUAGUAAUGACAUCAUUGUCCUAGCAAAGAAGAUGUGCAUGAUUAUGAUGGAGAUGACAGACUUCACCAGGGGCAGAGGCCCAUUGAAGCAUACGACUGAUGUGAUUUAUGCAGCCAAAAUGAUAUCCGAAUCAGGCUCAAGGAUGGAUGUCCUUGCGCGGCAGAUCGCCAAACAAUGCCCUGACCCAUCCUGCAAACAGGAUUUAUUGGCUUAUCUGGAACAAAUCAAAUUCUAUUCUCACCAGCUCAAAAUAUGCAGUCAAGUCAAAGCUGAAAUCCAGAAUUUGGGAGGAGAACUCAUCAUGUCUGCUUUGGACAGUGUCACCUCACUAAUCCAGGCUGCCAAGAACUUAAUGAAUGCUGUUGUCCAUACUGUGAAAAUGUCCUACAUUGCCUCCACAAAGAUCAUCAAGAUCCAAAGUUCUACAGGCCCACGACACCCUGUUGUCAUGUGGAGAAUGAAGGCUCCUGCAAAAAAGCCCCUAAUUAAAAGAGAGAAGCCAGAGGAAGUCUUUGCAGCAGUAAGAAGAGGCUCAACAAAGAAGCAAAUCCACCCUGUACAAGUCAUGAGUGAAUUCAGAGGAAGACAAGUCUACUAA